ACUGUCGACAUGCCGGCAUCUUCAAUAGCAACAAAUGCAGUCGAGACGCCAUCUGCUGUAGGGACGCCAUAUACUGUUGGGACGCCACUUGCUGUCGGGACACCAUCUCCAGUAGGGACACCACUUGCUGCCGGGACACCAUCUCCAGUAGGGCCGCCAUUUCCAAUAGGGACGCCAUUUCCAGUAGGGAACCCACCUGCAGUAGGAACGCCAUUUGCAGUAGGAGCGCCAUUUGCAGACGGGUCACCAUUUGCAGCCGGAACACCAUUUGGCUCAGGUAUG